ACAGUCGAGAGUGAACAGAAAGGUAGCAGAUUCCUCUCAUACGGCCAGUAAAAGAGACACAGAGACGGGCGCAUUUUCACACAUAAAUGGAGGCUCGAGCAUAGGGCGCCAUCAAACAGCCCUGAAGAUGGUGAAAGACCAAGAAGUGGAGCGCAUCGCUAAGAAGCUGGACAAAAUGGUGCAUAAGAAAAACACAGAUGGUGCCAUUGACCUGCUGCAAGAGCUGAAGAACAUGAAAAUGUCUUUGGAAACCUUACAGUCCACACGGAUCGGGAUGUCGGUAAACGCAGUGCGGAAACAUAGUUCGGAUGAGGAGGUGCAAACUCUGGCAAAAUCACUCAUCAAGGCCUGGAAGAAACUACUCGAUGGUUCUGAUGGUAAAUCAGAGGAGAAAAAGAAAGGAGGAUCUCCUCUUCAGUCCUCCUCUUCGAAAGACUGCCCUGGAUCCAGUGACACCAGUAACAAACCGGAGACGCCAAAAACUCCCACCACCCCUGUAACACCCAAAUUCACCACCUUCCCACCUACACCCGUCACGACUGACAGUGUGCGCACUAAAUGCAGAGAGCUGCUGGUGUCAGCCCUACAGACCGACGAUGAUUACCAAACAAUCGGUGCAGACUGUGAACACUUGGCAGCACAGAUUGAAGAUUAUAUCUACCAGGAGUUCAAGUCUACCGACAUGAAAUAUAAGACCAGACUGAGGAGUCGCAUCUCCAACCUCAAGGACCAGAAAAACCCAGACUUACGCCGGAACGUUUUGUGCGGAAACAUCUCGCCAGAGCGUAUUGCCACCAUGACUGCAGAAGAGAUGGCCAGUGCAGAGCUGAAAGAGAUGAGGAAAGCACUGACCAAGGAGUCCAUUCGAGAGCAUCAGCUUUCUAAAGUGGGUGGCACAGAGACUGACAUGUUCAUCUGUGGCAAGUGCAAGGGCAAGAACUGCACCUACACUCAGGUCCAGACACGCAGCGCUGAUGAACCAAUGACCACCUUCGUGCUGUGCAACGAAUGUGGAAACCGGUGGAAGUUUUGUUAAAGACUAAAGUGACCAGGAUUCUUCAUAUGAAGAGAUGACCUGAAUUCAUAAGUGCAAGGAAGUACUAUUAUUUUAUUUAUUUUUUAGAAAAAAUUUUUUUUUUUUCAAUACAUUUUUCAUAGCUCUGUAAUAUAUAAUGGGAGUAUCACUUCUUCAAAAAGCAUGUUUUGUCCUUUUUUUUUUUUUUUUUUACCUGAUGUAAUAUCAUUGCCUUUCAUACAUUGCCAAUGACAGACUAAGUAAGUCAGCUUGCUCGUUCUUGCUUUUUGCCUUUUGAUGUAGCGCUUGUGCCUUUAAAUUGUUCUAUGAGUGCUGAGUAUUGCUGAAAGAAUUUGUACACAUUCAUGCUUAUUUUUUGAAUGUGUGCUUUUCAUAUAUGUAUAUGCAGUUGGUGCAUUUCGCAGGUGAUUUAACCAAAUCUUGUUAGGUUGGUUGCAUUUCCAUAGUUUAAACAGUCUUAAAGGAUUUAUUGGUAGUAUUUGAGCCUUAAGUUAGGCAAUAUGUUUCCUCCUUUAGACAGAAAAGGAACAAAUAAGAAUGUGGUACAUGACUGAAGAUUCAUAUGUAUUAUAUGAAUAACUGGACUGUUUUGUCUCAGUAAAUUUGUACAUCUAAUGCUAAUAAUUCAAUUUUUGGGUGAAUUUUUUAUGGCCAGAUUUGCCACUUAUUGUGUUUGAGAUGUUUUCCACUAGAGGGAGCAAUAAUCCACUCAUGCCAAUAGUCACCUCACUUUUGUAAGAGAACUGAGAUGGGACAACUGUGUUUCAGUUAGAAUAUUUUUUGUGAAGUUUUAUUUAAACAUUGCAUUAAGAUAAUAUGAUUUUGUAUGAUUAACACUAGGGCUCAUUUUUGAUCCAGAGGACUUUUGCAUAGAACUGGUCAUAUCCUUCCUUUUACAACAUCAAAUUCCAAAGCUAAACUUAAUAAAAUCUGAAAAUAGAACUGACCCUUUGUGACUUGCAUAAGGCACAGGUGCUGAAAUGUGUCAGGCCUUUGCCUGAGCAGUAAUUUGCUUUGAGCUGUCACAACAUUUCUUAAUUAUGUAGCCCCUAAAUAAAUGCUUUCAGAUCUGGUUUUGGAUUGAAGAGAUCACUGAGGGCAUUCUUGGACACUCCAAAACAACACCUCCUUUGAGUUUAGCACCCACCAGAUCAUUACGAAAUAAAGGCCUUUGAACCUGUGAUGGAUUGGAGGGAAUAUGGUGGGAAUCUUCCAAACAACUGUCUCCAUUGAGUCUUUAUAUAGAGUCACAUAAGAGUACAAUGACAGUAUUUCCAUGCAACUUAGCGAAGGCAAUGAGAACGAUAAAGCCGGAGAAAAUCCUACUGGGAUUCAAGCCCCUGUUGAAAGGUUUAUAUUGAUUCAAUCCUCAAUGAGAAUUACAAUAGUAAGCUUUUGGUAGUCCUAUCUGAAAUGGUUUUGACCCAUGUGACAUUUAUGACUAAGGUGAAACCUCAAGACCUGAACUACACAUACUAUACAGGAUUGAGGCGGACCAAAUGUAAAAGUUUAAGAAUCAGCCAUUGGAAAAUCCUACAUUGGCUAAGUACUAAACUGAAUCUAAAGAUGCGUAUAGUGAAUACAUCCUUUGGUGAAAUUAAGAAGGUAAAAUGGAGACUGUUCAAAAUUUCUAAAUGAUAAUACUAGGAGAACAAGUCAUAUAAGAUCCUUGCAUCCCAAAGUUCAAUUUUAACUGGUUCUCUUAGAUGAUGAAAGAAUGUUUCUACUAUUCAAAGUGCAUUAAUAUUUAAGGCAAGCAUUGUUGCUUUUAAGGCCACAUCUACACUAAUAGAAGUGGUAGUAGUAAUAGUUUUCAGUUUCCGAACAUCAUUUUCCAAAGUAUGCGGUUCUAGAGAGCAUUUUUUUGAAAGUCUCCUUUUUCAUAGGAGGAACACGCAAUUGUAGCAAUAUCAAUGUUUAUUCAACUGUAAACAUAUUAGUGUGGACAUGGCCUAAGAUUGGUUGCCUAAUACGAAACAACUUCUCGCCCAAUUCAAGAGAAACAUUGUUUUACACUAUAACCUUGGAACUGCAAAUUAGGGUUAGCACUGCUUUGAGUAUUUUUAACCCCUUUUUAAAACUACGUGUCAAUUUUACAAGUGUAAAAAUAUUCCAGGUUCAAUACAAGUUAAGAGCAAUCGACAGCAUUUGAGUCAUUAUCUUGAAUACGAGCAGUCUCUCCUAAAAAAAUUUAAAAAAAGGGGGCAAAAAUCAAGCUUCCAGUGACGCACUUGCAAUGGAAGUGAAUGAGGCCCAUUUUUGGAUGGUUUAAAGAAAACAGAGGGAAAGUUUACAGUUUUAUAAAAGCACUUGCAUUAAUUCUUCUGUUAAAACAUCUGACUUAUUGGAGCAGUAAAGUUGUUUAAUUCAUCGUUUGAACAGCCAUUUUAGGGUAUUCAGCAUCAUAUCCACAUGGCAGCAAAGUUGUAAAAUUGGACACAGCUUUACACAGAAAAGGUCAGGAAGUGAUUUAAUCGCACUGAAAUCGUCAACGCGCAUAUUAUUUACAUUCUUGUGGCUAUACUUUUGAAAUGGUGAGUAUUUUAAAGUUUAUGGAUUGGCCCCAUUCACUCAUAUUGUAAGUGCCUCACUGUAACGAGACUAAUCUCAAAGUGAAAUCAUAAAUAGUAGGGAGUAGUAGGCCUGUGCUUACCGAAAUUCAAAACACUGCCCCCAGUGGCCAAAGCAGUAAGUGUGUUUGGGCAUAUGGACAUGUGUAAGCUCUAUUUUCUGUGAUAUGUCCACAAAAGACAUAAAGCGAGUUGUAAAGCAAGUUGUUUUCAGCUGAACAGGCUGUAAUACAGUGAAGAAGAAUGCAUGUUUUGUAAACUGUACCCACCAAUCCAAACCUAACCAUUAGUGGAGUAAAAAUGUAAUGUUAGAGGGAAAAAUGCAACCUCUGAAUCAACAUGUCACUGACUAUGCAAAUCUGAUUACAUCUGGUUACAACAUGGAAUCAGAACCUGGGUCUCCCACGCUGCUGACGCAACACGCUUCCAGUUGCACCACAGGGGAAUGUAAACACACUGAAGCCUAUGCAAAAAUGUCUGAUAAAAGAUGCUGCUUGUCGGCAAGUCAGCAUAAUGUGGCCAAUCCUAGUGUACCAAAACAGCUGAAAACAACAUUCUGACUUCACAUGUGAUCAUGUACAUAUGACCUUGAUUUUUGCUUUUUUAAAGAAAAGGAGGGACAAGUCGAAAUUCAUUUUUGUGGUAAUCAACAUUAUGCCACAUGUUAUCGAUUGAGCUUAACUUGUAUUGAACCUGGAACAUUCCUUUAAUGCAGGAUUAAAAGUGCCCUUAACAUGGGUUUUAAAAAGAUUUUAACCCAGGGUUAAGUGAAGUGUAAAAAAGCCUUUUGGAGGCCAGUCACAGUAAAUCUCUUGAAAAGCUGUAAAUGAAUAACACAAACAUCUUUAUUAUUAUCAUUAUAGUCAUAUUUUCUCUUUAAAAAACAUUCAAACAAUUCUGCAACCAAGUCAGAGUCAUGGAAUAUUACAGACGAGUUCAUGAAGAAAUCCUCUUUGAAUUCCGGUAAUGAGCUGGUCUGGGUUAAAGGGGACCUCUAGUCCAUCCCAACCACAACCUGAAGAAUGUGCCCUGUUUUUGGCAAAUAAAGGUGACUAGAGUUUACACAGUAAUGGCCAUAGACUUCAGGAAACAAAAAAAAUGGUCCAGAAAUCCAUAAAUGUACUCUUUAAAACAUAACUUGAUUUAUUUUAAUACAAAAUAUAAUGCUAAUGUCAAUAAAUAAGUGUCCAAAGAAGUCCAUGAGCGAGAGACCAAUCUCACUGCUAUAUGGCAUGGCACUGCAAAUCUCAUGAAAAUAUGUGGCUGAGAGAGGAGAAAAUUAAGAAAGGUAAAUGAGUUUAAGUGAUAUGGCAAAAUUGAGGCUGGCAUGUGAGGUGCACACUUAGAGUUCUUGAUUUGAAUUAAAACACUGAAACCAAACAUCUUUAAAAAAAAAACAAAAAACACAUUGACACAGACCUGCUCUUGUAUUCACGCAUCCACACAAAUGUCCUUAGUUUGAGACUGUAAGAAGGCUAGAUUAAUUUGGCACCUUAAAGGAAUCUAUGUAAACAUAAGCAGCUCUAGGUCACAGUCCCUGUCUCCAAUCAAAAACAAGUUUGUGAAAGUCUUGUCUGUUCUGUGCAACCCUUUUCAGCUGAAAGUGGAUGAGUAUCAUCUGGGAAACGAUGCCCCCUACUUUUCCACAGUUUG